CCCAAAGUUGGUCACGAGGUUCGUAGAUACUUGGAGCCCAGAAGGUCAUGGGCUGUUUUUGGGCCAAUUAUAGACUCAAUUCAAUCAUUGAACUCCUACAAAGACGCAGAUGAGACUGAGAGGACCAGACCCAUGGCUCAUCUGGUACGCCCGCUCCGGCAAUGGCCAAGGUUCCACCGCCACCGCCACCACCACCAUUGCCGUCAUCUCUCCCCCUCUCCCUUAUCUCUUUCGCCCUUUGGAGCAACGUCGCAUCAUCAUCAUCGUCAUCCUCGCCACAGUCUGUUUCCGACGUUGGUCCCUUCAUCACACCGCGAAGUCCAUAACCGGCCGCGGGGUCUCAGAUUCCGGAACUCCCCUGCUCCGGCUUACGAUCCCCGAGAAGGUGACGGCAGCGACUCCGGCUCCGACUCCGAUGCCAAGAAGAGCCGCAACCAGAAGAAGCGCGAGGCUCGGCGCGCCGUCCGCUGGGGCAUGGAGCUCGCUUCCUUCUCCAAUCCCCAAAUCAAGCGCAUCCUCAGGGUGGCUUCUCUGGAGCAAGAGGUGUUGGACGCUCUGAUGCUUGCAAAGAGACUGGGGCCGGAUAUUCGAGAAGGAAAGCGAAGACAGUUCAAUUACAUUGGGAAGUUGCUGCGAGAAGUUGAACCUGAGUUAAUGGAUGCUUUAAUUGAGGCUACAAAAGAUGGUGACCACAGUAGGCUGCAAGCUCUAUCUGGCUCGGAGGCUUGGGUUGGCGAAGAUGAUGAUGAUGAAGGAGAUGAAGAAUUAGAAGAAGAUCACGAGGAAGUGGAGGAGUCCAGUGAGCAUGCAAGCAUUGCAAGCAGGUGGUUUGACGGUUUAAUCAGUAAAGACAUUCAAAUAACCAAUGAAGUUUACUCCAUUCACACCAUCGAUUUUGACCGGCAAGAGCUCCGAAAGCUUGUACGGAAUGUGCAGUCGAUUCAAGAACAGCCAGCCGCUACUGAUGAAAACGAGAGAGAAGCUAGCAUAGCGCUGCUAGGGGCUCAGAAGUCCCUUACCCGUUUCCUGGGAAACCUCGCGAGGCAAUUACAUGGUAGCAAUAUAUGAUUACACAGUUGAUACUCACCUCUUGUAGUAAUCUAUUUUGUAACAUUGCAUUUUCCUCUUUCGGGGUCCGAUUAGAUCGAUUUGCGAGUCAAGGUUGUACAUGAGCCAA